AUGGCCGCCAACGUCAAUAAGCCUACCGACGUGAAACAAAAGGAGGCGGAUAUCAACCGGAAACUCCAGAUUUACGGCAUAUUCAGUGCAUUCAAGCUGGGCAAAGUUCCCUCGAACGAUCAAAUCGAUGUUGCGUUGAACAGCUUUCUCGCCUCCAAGGCUCUAAACAACCCACCUUCUGAGCUGUCCGAAGACGGCAAGACGCUCGUUGCCGAUACUCGAGACGUUGUCCGCUUGGCAAAAAAUCUCCUGCUUUCCAAGAAUGAGGGCAACCUGGUCCAGGACUUUAUUUGGCAGACCACCCAAUUCGACCCCAAGAGUGUCCAGAGCCCAAAUGCGCCCAUCAACAAGGAUCAGAUCGAACGCGACGGCGACGAAGCACUCCAGGGGUUGAGAACAUUGGGAACCUUGCUCAUCACCAACGGCCAGUUCCGCAAGUUGCUUAGUGACGCUGUGGUUCUGUUCCGCGACAUGGUUGGCGACGCUGCUACCAAUGCUGCUGGGCGUAUUCGCCCGUCAGAGGAUCAGCUCUCGCAGAUCGACCGCCCUGCAGAGGACAACACCUGGCACGAAAAGCCCGACUUCUCCAAGGAUAAGCUGAAAAGCCAGGCCAAGGAACUAUACGGGGGCGACGUUAAGAAGGACGCCCGAGACAUUGCCAACACGACAGCUGACGCAGCCCUGCCCAGAGGAGCUGACUCCCGGGGAGUCGACCACACUGCUGGUCGAGAUGCCCUGAAAACGAACGCGCAGCAGAAGAUUGAUCAAAACCUGGACCAAGAGACAAAGAACAAGAUCAAGAAGCGCAACGAAGAGUAUCGCCGCAAAACCAAGGAGUAUUUCAGCAAGAAGAUGCCCGAAGAACGCAAGGAUCAGAUUAUAUUCCGCCUCAAGAAGAUGGUUCUGGAAUGCCAGCAGCACCCCGAUUACUCGAGGGCUAUCCAAACCCUCCUCCGCCUUGCCGAGACUUAUGGGGCUCACGGGCGCAGCCUUGGAAAAGACUCUCAAGGUACUGCUCAGCAAGCGCGCUCGGGAUUCGCAGCUGCCGAGGCGGACCUUCGGACAUUGAUCGAACGCUUCGCCAACGGCACAUCCACCUCGGCUCUUUGGGAAUCCAUCGGCCAGAUUUACAAGGAUGCAGACAGAGACCCCGAGCUCAAGGAUUGGUUUAAGCAGAUGGAUACUUUUGUGCGACGCUGUCUCCUCGAACAAGGCUACAUUCUGGACGAAAGCUCCAACAGGGAAUGGGACCGAAUCUACGAGAAGGGCAGGUUCCUGCUCCGCGACAAGUACCGCACCCACACCGACCGUGUGAUGGACGAGGCCAAGUUCAUAGCCGACCAGUUCGACAAGGAUCCCCAGAACAAGGCGUUUGGCGAGGCCGUGCAGCGUCUCCUGACGCACUUGGGUAACGACGCCAGGGGCAAGUCUGCUUUCAAGCCUCACCUCGUCAAAGACUUGACCGAGAUCAUCAUCCCCGCCGCCCUGGUGAACAUGAACUAUAUUCCUAUCCCGCGUAUUGAGUAUUCGGACCCGCAAGUCGACGCCAUUAUCGAAAACCUGGUCCUGGAGAGCGACAACUUCAUGCCCAACGUGGCCGAGGUGGCGAGCGAGCACUACUUUAGGUGGGGGCGGAAGAAGAUUGCCAGCAAGAGACACAACGUGAUUGACGUCAAGGUUGCCGGCAUCCAGAUGGACCUCCGCGACGUCAGCUUCUACGUCAAUCGCAAGAGCGGAUUCCCCUCGCUGACGGACAAGGGCGUGGCCGACAUCAUCCUGCCCGGCAACGGCUUGUCCUUCCGGAUGAAGGUUGCGACUGCGGAAAAGUCGGACCGUCAGAACAUUUUCAAAGUUGACAAGGUUGACGUUGACUUUAAGGGACUGAAGAUCAAGAUCAAGCAAUCGAGUCACAAGCUGUUGUUCGCCUUGGUCAAGCCACUUGCCUUGACCCUUCUCCGUUCUCCUAUUCAGAAAGCGGUUGAGAAGGCCAUCAAGGACGAGUGCAACAAGUUGGACGCCCUGCUCUGGCAGAUUAAGAAGGAGGCCGAUGCCGCCAACGCCGGCGACGUUGAGGACAAGGCCAACUUCUUCAAGCGCUACUACGAUGCUGCCCAGAAACGCUACUUGGAAGGCAAGGAGAAGACCAAGGAGGUGGUGACGGACAAGAAGGUCAACAUUGCCAUGACGGCCGAAGACAGCAUCUUCCCGGACAUCAAGCUGCCAGGCGGGAUCAGCUCCAAGGCCACCGAGUACAAGGAGCUUUCGCGCAAGGGAGACAAGUGGGAGAGUCCCGUCUUCUCCAUCGGCAGCGCCAAAAAGAGCACCGACAUACCUUCAGCGCCCAAGAUUGAGGAGAAGCCGCACCAGGUGACGGGCAGCGCACAGAACAACGCUGCCAACACGGCGGGCCUCGCUAGCGGUCACACCAACGGAUACGGCACGAACGGCCGCAGCAACGGCGGCGGCGCGCUCAACGGACGCGGCGUCGUGGUCAACGGCAAGAACACGCCGGGGUAUCCUUUGACCGUUCCGUUGGAGGUGAACGGUCCCAACAUCAGCCAGCCCAUCGGAGGUCGCUAG